AAGUAAGACACUCAUUGCCGCUCUUUGUACAGAGACCACGGGAGUUUCCAAUGGUCAGUGUGUCAUAAACAUUUUUGUGGCUUGACUCGUAUCUUGAGGUGUCGAAAAAUUCCAUGACUCGGGGAAAAGAGAAGCGCAGUCUUGGCCACCAAAUUCCCACAUCGCUCUUCGACGACUCUGGAACGACCGAAGCCGCAACCGAGUAUCCCAAGUCGCCUUCAUUCUUCACAUAAAUCCUCGUACAGUUGCCGUUAGAACUUUGCGGCAUCGAACACAGUCAGAAAACAUUGCGAGAUGAGGCCCAUACUUCUGCAAGGCCACGAACGGUCUCUAAACCAAAUCAAAUACAACAAAGACGGUGAUCUACUUUUCUCCGUGGCGAAAGACAAGGUCAUCUGUGCGUGGUUUACGAGCAACGGCGAACGACUUGGAACAUAUAUCGGCCAUCAAGGUGCCAUCUGGACCAUAGAUGUCUCUCCUGACUGCCGAAUCCUUGCCUCCGGAGCCGCGGACAACACGAUAAAAUUGUGGAAUAUUCGCACUGGAGAAAAUGUCAAGACCUGGGAGUUCCCUACUGCAGUCAAGCGGGUUGCUUUCAGCGAGGACGGAAAACAGUUACUAGCCGUGACCGAGAAGCGAAUGGGACACUUGGGAACCAUUGUCGUCUAUGACAUCCAAUAUGGAGAAGACCUGACGGAACAGACCAACGAACACAGCCUACGGAUAACUUGUGAAGAUAGCAAGGCAACAGUCGCGGGAUGGAGUUAUCUUGACAAGUACAUUAUUUCGGGCCAUGAAGACGGCACAGUAACUCAGUGGGACUCGAAGACGGGUGAGAGUCUGAUGACCGUUGAAGCUCACGAAUUCGAUACCACGAUCAAUGACUUGCAAUUCUCUCCUGAUCGGACAUACUUUAUCACGGCUGGCAAGGACAAAAGCGCAAAGAUCCUUUCGUCUCGAGACUUGAGCAUCCUGAAGACAUACGUUGCCGACACUCCUCUCAACACGGCCGCCAUCACUUCAAAGAAAGAUUUUGUCAUUCUAGGUGGUGGUCAAGCCGCAAUGGACGUCACAACGACAUCUGCGCGUCAAGGUAAAUUCGAGGCUCGUUUCUAUCACAAGAUCUUCGAAGACGAGAUUGGCCGUGUCCGGGGUCACUUCGGUCCUCUCAACACCAUCGCUGUCCAUCCCCAAGGUACAGCGUACUCUAGCGGAGGUGAAGACGGCUACGUGCGGAUGCACAACUUCGACAAGGCUUAUUUCGACUUCAUGUACGAGGUGGAAAGAGAGCAAGCACGAAAGUAAAACACCUUCCUUCCUUGAUGAUACCCGCCGCAAUGAGGAUGUACGAUAAUGGUCAAUGCGUGACGAUCAGAAAAGCAGGCUUUAUUAGCCAAUUGAACGUGCUGUCGAUGCGAAGGGCGUGCGGGAAUGGUUCCUGAACCCGAAAUCAUCUGGACCAGUCACACCGACAGUCGAGGCCCCUUGAUUGCAGAGUGCACCGUAUCGGGUCCCUUCGCACGAAAAGGAGUCGGUUUCAGUAUGGAAGCGCAAGAGCAGCAGAAUGUCGGAGCAUGUCUCGUUUGACGCUCUUGCCUGGA